AGAAGAGCGACCGACAGUUUGUCCUGCUCUAACUGGAAACAGUGCCGCGUCCCGUCAGUCCAGCGCUAUUAGCAUCGUUAUUAACGACGUUAUUAAAUGAGAUUCACACAGAAGCUGAAGAAUGCGGGACACUGGCCGCAAAGCCGAGCAGAGAAGCCCAACGGUGGUGUGUCUGAAGGAGGUGUGUUUCCAAGCUGUACGGAAACAUUUUGCUGCUCUGGCCACUGAGGCUGUUCUUGAUCUUCCAACGCCUCUCAUAAAGGAUCUUCUUCGCCAUCUGACUGUAUGUCAGCUGGAUGAGCUGCAGCCUGCCCUAAAUCAGAGAGGGAUAUCAACUCUCUCUGGAUGGCUUGGAGUCUUACAGGAUAUGUGUGGACCUAAACAUGUAAUAGAGCAGCACACAGAAGAAGAGGCCAAACACGAAGUCAUGAGAAUGCUUUUUACUCUUGUGUUCUACGGCUUCACAAACCCCUUUGUCAAACGAAACAUCACCAAUUUAAACACCCCAUCAUUCCUGUGGGCGGCAGCUAAAUGUAUCAGACAUUUCUUUCUCAGUACAAGCCUGCAUAAACGCCUUCAGGGCUUAACAGCUGAGGAGCGCCCUCUCCUGAACCUCCUGGAGAAGCGUAUUAGAAGUGUUGGCGUAUCACAGUGCAUUGAUUUAUCCAAGAGGAAGACACAAACUGCAUUGUAUGUCCUCCAUCGCCUGCUAGACCACGGGGUGGCUAAAGAACUCGUCGUACAUGCAAAGUGUCCCAUCGUGCUGGCCUGGCUCCUACAUGGAAGGGGAUCACAGUAUAGAAACCCUGAGCUGAUGAACCUGAUGCACAGCCAAAAGCCAAGCUGCGUUUCACCGGCUGCUUCGGCCAGUGCAGACAGGGCCAGUUGCAGCCCAGGUCUUGAGACCAGGAUGUCAGAAGAUCAGGAUGAUGAAGUCACUCCUUGCAAACGCUCAAAGUUGGAUUCUGUGUCUGUGGAGGAAGAGGAAUCCCGAAAAGCAAACUUAACUGUUGACCCGCAGCUUCUCUGCCAAACCUUCUCUCCGUGUGAUGGUCCCUCAGCAGUUGCUUGUCCAUGGGGACAGAUCGAUUGUCUGGAGAUCAGGCAGUGUGGGUCUGACUCCCUGAGAGUGCUGAACUCUGCCUUGCCCACAUUUUCCUGCCUUCGCUCUCUAACACUGCACAGCAUUUCGACUUUCAGGGACUCAGAUGUGUUGGACCUGGCCAGAGCCCUGAGGCAGCUGUCUGAUAGCUCCUGCAGCUCCCUCACUGAUCUGUGCAUCAGCAUCCUGCCAUACACCAAGCUGGUGGUGAUCCUGCUGGACGCAAGCCCCAACUUGACGUCCCUGCAUGUGACAAUCCAAAAUGUGAUGUGGGAUCCACGCUUCUCACAACAUCGUCCCAGGACUGCUGAGUCAGACAAGUCAGCAGAGCUGCCCCUGGAGAAACUGACAGUCAAAGUAGCUGAGCUCCAAACAGAUCUGCACUUCAUCACAUCUGUGCUGAGACGGUCUCCCCAUCUAACCUCAUUUCACAUAGCCGGCAUAAGAUUACCAACCGGCUCCUCUCAAAGCCGACUCCUCGCCACUCUCUCAGAGUCCAAUCACUUCUUGAGGAGCCUGAACUUAGAGGAUAUGAACCUGUCUGAUUGUCUCCCUGAGAUCCUAAAUCUACUGAGAGACUGCAAGUUGGAAGAGCUGCAGUUUAAUGACUGCCGUCUUCUUGAGAAGUGGAGCAACAAGGAGGAGAGUUUGCAGCAGCUGGUGGCUGCUCUGAAGACAGUGCCUACCCUGCACACACUCAGCCUGGCUCAGAAUCGGCUAGCCAAGAACGUGUGUGUGCUGGCGGAGCUGUUCUCCGGAUGCUCGCCGAGCUCAGUGAGACGACUCAACAUCAGUUCCAACUUCAUUCAGCCUGCUGAGCUGCUGGAGUUCACCAACAGAUUGAGGACACAUCGUCCCCCACACCAACUGACCCUCGACCUCAGGAAAAACCCAGGGGAUCGAGACCCCGAAACAUGGAACACCGCAAUGAGGGGGCUACGUCCAUUCUGUGUUCUGCUGUUUGAAGGAUGGACAUCAACCGGCACAAUGUCAGACCACAUCAGCAACAUGUGAACGCAGCAAGAGGAACGUCUGUCACUGCCUUUGUGUCGUCUGUGUUUGAGGAGGGAAAGUGGCUGGAAACAGUGAGUGAGUGAUCAGUUUGACUUGGGUUCAGCUUCAGUUCAGAUAGUUUCAACGAUUCCAAUCAGUUUUCACUGUUCACACCUGCAGCAUGAGUCACCUCUCCACUGUCCAGUGGAUGCAGCAUCGUUCUGUUAACCAGGGUGAAGUAUUGGUACAGCGAGGCUCCUGGUCUCUCCUGUUCGCUCUGUUGAUCUUUAUAAGCCCAGUUAUCCUUUUUGCAACAUGUCUAAAUGCACAACUUCCACUCUGUGUGACCUUUAGUGCCCCAUGGAAGUAUGUGGGUGCACAGUGUGCUGAGCACACAUAUGGACAGUGCAUGAGUGGAUGACGUUCUUAUAAACAUUUAUUAAAAUUUAGAUUUUUUUAGCAGUUUUCGUAAUUACACUUUCAGUAGAACAUACAUUAUUUUGUUUUGUCACUAGUUGUGUGACACAGUAGUUCUGUGUAUGUUCCGUUUCUUAAACAUCAUGUUUAAUUUGCUCAUUGUGAAUUUGUAUCUGAGUGUGCAGUGACAUGGUUGGAAAGUAAAAGAGCACUGCGUGUUUACAUUUGAAUCAUUUAUUAAACCAACGUCCGUUACACUUCCAGAGUCUUCCCUCGGACAGGACAGAGUGUGAGCGACAGUGGACAUUAAGAUACAACUGAAAAACCUGCAGGAUUGACGUCAAGGUGAAGAGAAGCUUCACAGCUGCUCCCUCACACCUAUUCAGUGUCAUUUUCUUUACAUCAGACGAACAGCAUCGACACCGUCUGCCAAUUCAUCAUUAGUAGGAACCAAGUAGAAAAAACAAUCAGAAAAACAGAUUAAAAAGAGUUUAAUCUUUUUCUUAGUGGUUUUUUAAAGCUAAAUACUGUAACACUUACUUUCUGUAAAUUCACUUUGUUUUCCUUGUAUAUUUUCAU